UGUUAACAUGGCCGUUGAGUUGAGAGCAUAGGAGUUAUUAUUUUAUUUUUUUUUUUUCGGAUGGAUGGACAACUGAUACAUCCUAAAAUAUAUAAUUUAUAUUAUUAUUAUUGUUUUAUUUAGUUCCUUAGCUUUUUUUUUAUUUAAAUGGCUGACUUGAGGUGAAAGUUUUUGAAUUUAUUUGAAAAUUUUUUUUCACGUGUUCAGGGAGAUAAUGGAUUCGAGUGGUAAAAUAGUACAAGGAAGACAACUCAAUUCACCACCAGAUGCUGAUAACUGUAAAAUAAUGGCUACGAUAUUUGAAAACCAACCGUGGAUUUCAACAUUUAAAUCCAUGUGUUUAAUGGAUAACCCCGGCUCGUCGUCAUUAAUUUAUUUAAUGGAAUAUUUUAUAAGAAACGUUCGGCCCACCGUAAACGAAUGUCAAACAAAGCCGUUGCGGGCGGAUAAACUAAAGGGUUUUAUCAGUGAAACUCUACUCUUCUUCAUGUAUUACUAUAGGUCGCAAGAAGAGAACUACGACCGAGCAAUUUACAUGGACCUAAUGUCUGAUUUAUUGGCUAUGUAUAUAGAUUUAGAAUUGAAAGCGUCCAAGCGAACAUGCGAAUAUCAUGAACGGAUUUCGGGUCGCUUAGCUUCCUAUCUUUAUAUUUAUUUAGAAAAUUCAAUCGAGCACCUCAUGGAUACAAUUCUUAAAAUCCGAUUUAUGAGUUCAACUUAUUAUCAAAUAAUAAAUCCAAUUAUGACAACAAUAUUUCGUAGUGUACCGAAACACCCAAACUCCUGUUUAAUGUACACUCGUUAUUUUCUGGUCUACCGAAUAUGGAAAAGAAUAACUAAAGAUCAAAAUAUUAAAAAUGAAAUAAAUGCCAAAGCAUUGGCAUCACUUAAAUUACCUUCUACCUCGUUUCCGCAAUAUAUUAUUGAUUAUGUAUUACCAAAAGUGCCAAAUACUCAACAAGAAAUAUCAACAAAAUUCAUGCUAUCACAGCACAUGGAGUUGGAAAAAUCCUGCUCGGCAUUUAUUAAAUUUUCUCGUGAAUUACGAGGAUUAAAAGAUAACGAUAUUGAAGAUACUCGAUUGGAUGGUACCGUCGAAGCUUUAAAGCCUGAAGAUAAUUUAAUUUCAAAAUUAAAAUUAUCGAAAGAAAAUUCCAUUAAAAAUAAUAAUUUAUUAUUAAAUAGCAAUAGCGUUAAAAAAAUUAAUAAUAAUAGUGGUAUUAAAAAUAAUAUUAAUAAUAAUAGUGAAUCAAAAGUUACCGUAAACAAUAAUAAUAAUGAUAAUAAUUUAACAACAAAUAUAAUAAAUCCAAUUUGUAGUAAACCUACAUCACGUAAACCCAUAAAAAAAAAUAAUAAUGUUGUACUUAUUGAUCUUACAUCGGAUGAUGCAAACGUUAAAGUUAUAAAACAAAAAAAACAAGAGCAGAAACGUCUUAGUUGGCUACAAAAAAUAUCUAAACGUAAGAGUACUGCCGCAAUUGAAGACAGUAACAUCAGUGAAGAUGAUAAAACCACCGCGGAAGAUUCAUUGCAACAACUCGAAGAUAUAUUUGGUAUUAAGUCUUUUACAGUAGACAUAGAUAAUAAAAGAGUUGAAGAAGAAAUAAAAGUUGAGAUGAAAAUUUUACCUUCUACGUCUUCAGCGGAAAUAAGUCUAAAUAAUCCUGUAAAUCUUAUUGAAGAAGAUAAAGAAGAUAACAAAGUUUCUAUGAUUUCAAAUAAAUUGUUCGCUAGUAAAAUAAAUAAUAUUAAUUUUCAAGUUGAAACAAAUGAAAGUCAGUUGUGUAAAAAUAAUUUAACAAUAGAACCAGUAGGUGGAAAUGAAGAAGAAUUAAUUAAUAAUAAUAAUAAUGAAAUAGUUGUUGAAGAAAAUGUUAAAUUAUCAAGUCCAAUGAUUGUUAAUGAUGAGUAUGAACAAGUAACAAUUAAAAAAAAUGUACCAAGUGUAGAAGAAAAUAUUAUUGAUGUUACUAAAAAUAAUGUAAGCGUAUCAGAAAAUGAGUACCUGGAUAAAAGACCGUGUAAUGAAAAUAUAAAUAAGAAAGCUGAUGAAGGUAAAAUUACCAGUCAAUCUAAUUUUAAAUUUAAAAGUACAAAUUUAGACGUGAAUGAAUACCAACGAAAUACCGUUCUGCACUUUAAUCAAAGUACCGAAUUCGUUGACUUUAAUAACAAAGAUACAGAAGAAGAAGGAAAGGAAAAAGAAAAAGAAAAAAAUAAAGUGACAGGAGAAAAAGUAGCAGCGUUUAAAAUAAGCGACGCGGAAUUUCAUGAACAUAUUGACGGUCUCUCCUUACUAGCUUCAGUAUCACAAAGGGUUUCCCAUUUAACUGCAGCAUCAAACGAACCAUCUAAAUCACGCGAAUUAAUUAAAGUCAAAGACUAUAACAGUCUAAUUACGUUAUGUGAUACAACUAAGCCGAAUAGAACCAUUAGUAAUAAUAAUAAUAAUAAUAAUAAUAAUCAUAGCGAAGUGCUGCUGACAAACGAGGAUAAUAGAUUCGUUAGCAUAUACCCUGAUGACGACAUCGACAAAGUGGCUCUUCAUGUGGAAGUAUCAUCAACUGAAGAUUUUAAUUACAAUUUUCCAAAGUCUGAGUAUCAAGAGACUUCCUCAUUAUCUUCUCCAUUUUUAUCAUCUUCAACUUCUUAUUCUUACAAUAAUAAUAUUAAUAUUAAUAAUAAUGAAAGAUCAAAUGGAUUGACAAGUACGUCAGUACAAGUCGAAAGUACAAUUCCGUCAGAUAAAGAAGAAACUAAUGUUAUACUCAAUGGCGAGACAAUUGUUUUGUUGCAAAAAUCACCAAACAGUAAUUUAUAUAUUAUAAAUAAAGCCGUAGAAAAUAAAGAUCACAAUAUAAAUAAUGACGAUGACGAAAUUUUAAAGGAUAAAAAUUCUACAAAGCUGUCAGAUAAAGUUACCCAUGAUAGUUAUUCACGUGAACUAUACGACUCUUACCGGCUUACUCAACCUCUUUCGUCAGUAACGUCGAAGAGUUUCGAGCUGACACAAGAUAUUCGUCGUAUAACAAAGACUGAGCCUGUAAGUGAAGUAAAAGCAUUGGAUUUAAAAAAAAAGUCUACGAAGAAUAAAAAUUCUUGCAGUGACAUUAAAGGAGUUGGAGUUUCAACAACCGGAAGAUGCCGCAUAAAACAAGAGUUUAAUACCUGUGCAAAUGAUAUAAAAAAUCACAUAAGUAAUUCAUCUUACGCCCAAACUUGUUCGCAAGAUCAUGAUCCCCGCAUACAUUUAACAGGAACAAAUUCACUGCCCGCGAUGUAUCAUCAUUCAAAUUACACAACCGGUGACUUAUAUAUUUCAUGUCGUCAAAACUGUAACUCUGUUUGUGUUCCGGUAAAUCAUCAAGCAGCAGCAUCAAUGCACGGAAAUCCAAAAUCAACACGAUGCACAUGUUUAAACUGUACUUAUGAUAUUGUCACCCAUUGUAAUCAAUAUAUAAUGCCAGCAGGUGAUGUGGUUACAGAAACAACUUCAGCGAUCGAUUCAGCUGCUUACUACAUUCCAAUACAACAGCCCACUGUUAUGCAAGACUGUUCAUUGAACAAAACACACGAAGAUAAUGAGAUUAAGAUGUAUGAUAGUCAAUUAUUGUGUAAAUUAGAAGCCGCUAUCGAUGAUGAGCGACAGCAUCAUCAUCAAAAGCAGCAGCAAACAAAACAACCGCAGCCGCAACAGCAAACUAAAAUUUAUUCACCCGAUGUUAAUAUUAAAUUACCAUUGAAAAAGAGAUUUAAGUCUAUUAUGGCACCGGACUUUGAUACCGCAUCAAUUAAAAUGGAAAAGGUCGAUAAUAAUUUUAUCGACAGGUCAAUAAUAUCAAUGAGCGCACUUGGAACUCAUUCAACCGACAAUUUAAUUAAACAUAAAAUAAACGCAAAUAAUAUCAUGCAGAGAGAUUACGAUAAGAAUUUAAUUAAUAACAAUGGUUACCAUAAUUAUAGUGAUACGAGAAAGAGAAAACCACAUGCUGAUAAUGUUAUUAUUUAUACGGAUAGUAAUAAUGAUAAUAAUAACAACAAUGAUGACGAUGAUGAUGAUUAUGAGGACUAUGGUACUGAUAAUAAUUACAAAAAAAUGAAUGAGGGAAUUAUGAGGCCUUUGAAAAAAAUAAAAGAACCAAAAUCUAUAAACAAAAGUUUGAAUUCUGCUAGAAAAACUAGAAGUUCACAAAGAAAAGUUCCAAAAAUAAAUUAUUCAUGUAUGGACGAUGAUCUCGAAAUUAAUCCGUCCGUUGAAGUUAAACGUAAGAGAAGAAAAACAAGCCGAUGAUUAUUAUCAUCAAAGGCCUUAUAAUUAUCAACAAAUUUGUAAAGUUUUUAAAUAUAACUCAGUACAUAUUUAUUAUUAUAUUUAAGUAUGGAACAAUUUUAUGAUAAAUUACGAUAAUACCUGACCGUUCGAUAG